AUGUCCGACGGCUAUGGAUCUUCCCAGAUGGACGACUACUUGGGCUCCGCUCGCCAAAGACGGCCUACCUGCGAGCCCUGCCGACAACGUAAAGUCCGCUGUAACAGAAAGAUACCUUGCGCCCACUGUGCCCGCCUGCAUCUCCAUUGCACCUAUGGCAAAACGUCACGACGCGCACCCUUGAGCGCGCUUCCAGAACACUCACCAGUCUCGAUUCCGGAUACGACCUCCGCUGGGCCUGGCUACGACAACAACUCAGAGGUGCUCAGUCGACUCAACACCGUUGAGACGCUCCUCAACAACCUGAUAACCUCACUUGGAGCGAGUAAACUUCCGAAUCUUCCCGCCGCAACCAAUCAAGUCGCCCAUACCCCCAGUCCAUCGCCGCCUGAUGCUGCAUCGCGAGGGAUCCUGGUCGGCGCUGCCGAGGGCGGCAGUUAUGUAGAUGAUUCCGUGUUUGUCGACUUACUCCUUGAUGACCACACACGGCGGAAGACGUCCGGAAGUACUUCAAGGGAGUCUGCACAUGCCAUGCUCCCACAAUCACACUCGUCACAGCCCGUGGGUGUGAUGGCAACUGACGUCUUCGGUCCACGUACCGAAACUGUGCAUGUGGCGCCCCAUAUCUAUCCUACACUCUGGGCCAUCUACGUUCGAAACGUUGAUCUGGUGAUGAAGCUCUUGCACAUCCCGACAGCUCAACCUCUCCUUCUGGAUGCUGCCAAGAACACUCGGUCAACAGGGGACACGACCGUGGCCUUGCUAUACGCUGUAUCUUUUGCUGCCACGGCUUCCGUGACAGAAGAGGAGACCAUGACCCAGUUCGGUCUCAGUCGUUUGUCCCUGCUUCGCCAACUCAUGUACCAGAUGGAUCAGUCAUUGAUGAAGGCCAAAUUCCUGAUAUAUCCUAAUCUACAGACUCUCCAAUCAAUUGUCAUAUAUCUGACGGCUUUGCGUACCCACGACACCGGACGACCGGUUUGGGUUCUUGUAGGCAUGGCAAUCCGUUUGGCCGAAUCCCUCGGUCUUCAUCGUGACGGAUCUCGCCUUGGUCUAAGCCCUUUCGAGACGGAGAUGAGAUGCCGACUGUGGUGGCAGUUGUCCGCCUUGGAUUCCAGCGCGCCAGAAGACUACGGACUGGAUUCCACCAUUUUUGACCGCAGACAACCCCACCGACUACCUCUGAACGUCGAUGACGCCGACCUUUCUCCUGAGAUGACGUCUCUCCCCGCUUCCAAAGAAUCAUGGACUGAAAUGACAUUUACCAUAACCAACUUUGACAUCUGCCGAACAUUGAGAGAGGCCACUGCUGCAGUUUGGUUGAAGGACGGUCAGGCCAAGGGAAAGGCGAUCCAGGACGCGGAGCACUCCAUCUCCAGCCGAUGGCUGCGCUUCUCCGAACGUGACAAGCCAGUCUGCCAAGCGGCCGAAGCCAUGCUGCAUCUCUCGAUCCUGAAAUCACGAUUCAACCUCGCCCUGCAGUCGUGGCUCCCCUCCCGCGAAGCCAAGUCGUCGGCCACGUCUCGAUACCAGCAGCUACCGCAAGCCAUCUUCGCCACGGCCGUGGAUGUCCUCGAAGGCGGAUAUAUGCUGCAGUCCGGGACACUCUUUCCAGAGUUUGCCUGGUUCUUUCGGCGUCACCCGGAGCUCUACGCGUUGUUCCUGGUGCUGCACUGUUUGAGGGACGACCCGGAAAGGCCGGAGGCAGACCGUGCCUGGAAGUCUGUUGGCGAAUACUGUUCCUGCUUGAAGGACUUCGAAGAGACGCUUGGAAGGAAGGGCCGCGCGAGUUGCGUGUGGGAGAUCCUGCGGUCACUGCGAGAAAAUGCCAGAGAGGCGUGCCACCAAGCAACGCGAAGACCACUUGCGUCAACUCUUGCUGGGCCAUCUCAGGAAAGUACAGCCGUGUCCAUGGGAAACGGGGGAUCAGAGGUCAUCCAAAUGCCUCCGGUAUGGCCCGAGAUGCAUGAAUUCCUGCAACAAGGGAGUCCCGCCGCAUUGGACGCGUCGACGUUGGACAACUUCAUUGCUUGGCACGACUUCUCCGACUGGCUCAACCUGGACUCCGAUGCAUCUGAAUCGGGUAUGGGUAGAUAG